AUGGGUAGAGGAGGGGGAAUGUGCAGCAAGGUUGGAGGGCGUGAGAACCCUGCAAUUGCAGCAUGGGCGAUUUCUGCAACGCUGAUGGCUGCAGUAUCAAUGACCCUCUUUCUUCUUGCAGAAGCUUCUCAGUUAACAGAUACAGCAGGAAAGGGUUUAGACUCAGAUGAAUAUGGAGAAGUAAUGUUUGUAUCUCGAUCAACAUUUUUAGGUUUGGGGGCUUUGCAUGCAGUUCUUUUCUUACUUUCUUGUCUUAUAACAAUCCUCGGGUAUUUCUUCUGGUCGAAGUUUCUCUGUUUUGCUUGCCCUUUAGUGAUUAUUAAUGAUAUUGCUUGUCUUGUUACAGCAGGAUUUGGAGGUUAUAUGCUUCACCGAGUGUAUGUUCACCGUACAGAUCAAAUAGAUAUUGCGCGUAUAGGGGGUGUGCUUCCUUCAGCAGAUUUUUCUCUUUCUUUUGUUGAUGCGCAUGCAUCACUUAUUCUACUUGUUUCUGUAUGCUCUCUUGCAUCCUUGGUCCCUCUAUCUCGAGCAGGAACAAUAGAUGAGAAAGGGACGAUGGUUGAUGUUAUGCUGCAUCUACCAGUCAUAACAGGGUGUACAGCUACUGCAGGUUUAUUCUUAUUUCCUAGUAAAGAAUCAUUCUAUACAGUUGUUGGAUCUCUCUGGCUUAUUGCUGCAAUUGUUGCAGCUAUUCUUGUAGCUUUGCAGAAGUGCGGGGGUAUAACAAGCCGUAUAUUUACUCUGCUGCUAGCAAUAUUUUAUGCUGUUGUCUUAGCUUUAUCUGUGGUGUCUGUGGCUGUUGCUGGUAAGCAUUUUAUUAAAGGAAGGAGACAAGUUAUUGAUUAUGUGCGUACAAAUGCAGCAUUAAAGCCUUCUUUCCUACGCAACAUGUCUGAUGAAGAUUUCUCUUCUUAUAAAAAUUAUAUUGUUCAAAAUGAAGGCGGUUUCAAUCUUGCUGCUGUUGUUCUUUGCUCUCUACUCUUCAUCUUCAGCUUCAUGGGAGCUCUCUUCUCUCUACGUGCUGUUGUUGGCGGGUCUGAUGCUUUAAGAAGAGAUCUCUCUUCUAGUUCUAGCGAAAAAGAUUAA